AUGCUGGCCAUAUUGCCUCUUCAGGAGCUCUCUCAAGUCAGUCUGGGCAAGGAUAGCACAUUCCGUGCCGCUUGCGAGUACAAGCUUUUCUGCGACACCUUCGCCGUGGACGCCCAGCCCUACCCAACCUGUCACGACUCGAACUGGGGCCCGGCCUGGCCGCAUGUCCAGUACUACGGGCUCGAGCCGAGCCACGAGGAGGGCGUGCUCAGCGUAUCCGCACCCGCCGCACCCGACGGCACGAUUGUUCCCGUCACUUCGCAGGUAUGCAGGUCUGCCUACACAUGCUCUCCUCUUUAG